AUGGAGAACAUGUCAGAGGUUACUGGCUUCAUUCUUGUGGGCUUAACAGAUGCCCUAGAGCUGCAGGUCCCUUUAUUUAUCAUCUUCACCCUCAUUUACUUCAUCACUCUGGUUGGCAAUCUCGGGAUGAUCGCGCUGAUUCUGUUGGACUCUCGCCUCCACACCCCCAUGUACUUUUUCCUCAGCAACCUCUCCCUGGUGGACUGUGUGUAUGCCUCGGCCGUCACUCCCAAGGUGAUGGAAGGGUUUCUCACCAGAGAGAAGAUCAUCUCCUACAAUGCCUGUGCCACCCAGAUGUUCUUCUUUGUAGCCUUUGCCAUUAUUGAAUGUUUCCUCUUGGCCUUGAUGGCCUUUGACCGCCACGCAGCCGUGUGUAAACCCCUGCACUACAGCAGCACCAUGACCAGCUCCGUGUGUGUCCUCCUUGUGACCCUUUCCUACGUCAGUGGGCUCUUGCAGUCCUCCACCCACGUGGCCCUCACUUUCCACCUCUCUUUCUGUCGUUCCAACGUGAUUCAUCACUUUUUCUGUGACAUUCCCUCGCUGCUGGUUCUUUCUUGCUCCGAUAUCCACACAAAUGAGCUUGUGCUCUUUGUGCUGGUGGCAUUCAAUGUCCUUUUCUCUCUUGCGGUCAUCUUGAGCUCUUACCUGCUUAUUUUUGUUGCCAUCUUGAGGAUGCGUUCAGCUGAGGGAAAGAAGAAAGCUUUAUCCACCUGCACAUCCCACCUCACCACUGUGUCCAUCUUCUAUGGGACAGUCAUCUUCAUGUACCUACAGCCAGGCUCCAGUCAUUCCAUGGACACGGACAAAAUUGCUUCUGUGUUCUACACGAUAGUCAUCCCCAUGCUGAACCCCCUGGUCUACAGCCUGAGGAACAAGGAGGUCAAGAAUGCAUUCAGGAAAGCCAUUGUAAAAGCAAGGUCUUCAUUGGGCAUAGUCAAUGUAUUGCAAAUGAUUUGCUAA